CGGGUCAGAGUCGAUUGUAUAUCCGUUUCGGAGGAACAGAGUUAACGAUAUCGGUCGAAGAAUUGGCGACGACUGUAACCAUCGGAGGAACGGGUGACGACUUGUUGAGUCGGGGAGGAAUAGGCGGCGACUGCUUCAUUGGGCCGCCAGUUAGAUAUUAAAACGGUAGCUCACGGCCGGAAGGCCAAAGGAUCACGGAAAAGCGUCGCUUUCGUCGCCAAGAACAUGCAAACUGAGAAGUUCUCAGAUGUGAUUGAACUAAAAUGGCAUAUCAAGCAAUUAAAGAAACUUUUUGUAACUGGUGGGAUGAGAUUUGUACCAAAGUGGACAAAGCUGUUGUUUUUUUAGAUUUUCAUGCUGCUGAAUCACUUCAUUGGAAUGGUGGACUCCUGAAAUUAAUUAAUGCUGGUGCAAAAACUGUGAAAGUAUUCUCUCCAUUUGAGAGAGGAGAGGAAAUGGAAAACAAAGUUGUUUUUAUCAUUACAACUCCUUUACUUGAAGAAGAACUGCAUGCUCUACAAAUUAUUCUUCAAUCUAGCUCUUUUAUAUAUUGCAUUGUGAUCACAACUGUACCAGAAUUUGCUUAUUCAGAAAGAAAACCCAUCACUGAAGAAGGAAGGCAUUUAUUUUACUCUUUAGAAGAAAAAUUAAUAAAUUACAUGGGAAAUAUGAGUUAUACAGCAGAAAUAAUAUAUCUUCCUGUUCCUGGUAUCAAUGUUGGAACAAAUUUUUUUCUACUGCCAAGUUUUGAAAAUAUUUUUCCAUCAUUCAAUUAUUCUUCUGGAAAUCCUGAUAUAAGGCAUGAAAAAAAUUGGAAAGAAACUGCUGUAGAAGACAUGUUAUCAUUGCAAAAUAAAGCUGAAUUGAAGGCCCUGGCACAUUAUUUUGAUUAUUUAUUUGAUCAAAUUCAAAUGAAAGAAGAUAUUUUCAGUUUAGGAAAUUUUAGUAAUAUUUUAGGUAUGGAAUUGGAAAUGUUAGCAUCAGCCAAAAACAGAAGAAAAACUAUAGGCAGAAAAGUCUCAUUGUUAUUAAUUGACAGAACAUUGGAUCUUGCUGGUCCAUUGAGUCAAAACUGCCAUUCUAUGUUAGAUAGAAUAAUAAGAAUACUUCCACAUUUACCAGGACACACAUGUGAUGUUGCAGUCGAUAUGGAUGCAUUGUCUUCAUCUUUCAGUGGUCAGGUAUUUGGCAUUUCUCUUCUUGCACCAGGUUGUCUGGCUGAUGAAAGUGAAAUUUCUACAACUGUUUUAGAUUACCUUUUAUUGAAAAAGCAGAAGGAUUGUUUAAUGCAUGUUAAUAGACUUGUUGUAGAAAAAGCUACAAAAUAUGGAUUUGAUAUUGAAUCAGGAAUACUUACAAGAAGAAUAACUGCUGAUCAGAUUGAGAAACAUGUAAAAUUAUUUAGGAAUAAUUUUAGAGCUCUAAAUGAUAAUAUUGGAUUAUUACAAUGUGCUUUAGCAAUUGUUCAAACAAUACAACAUUCAAAUUCUACUAUUUUGGAUGAAAUUCAAAGUACUGAACAAUUAUUACUUCAAAAUUUGGCAAUGUCAGCCGAAGAUACUUAUCGCAAUCUUCUAUAUCUUAUUGAUAAAAGAAAUGAAAGAUCACUAUCACUGUCAAUCAUCAUUUCAAUAAUUUCAUAUGUAUAUAUGUUGGACAGUGGAGAAAUUCUUGGACACCAUGAAAAUGAACAAAAGUUACAAGCAGCAUUAGUAGAAGCAAUAUUCCAAGAAUCAAACAAUCUGCCUCCUUUUCUUACAAAUCUCAUAGGAGAUUCUCUGGAUGAAAAUAGUGUUAUUUCUUCUGUCAAUACAAUAUUUUCUCAGCUAAAGAAUAUAAAUUCAGAGAGAAAGAAAUUAAAAAAAUACAAAUCAUUAUUCCAGCCUGGAGACACAAUAAGUCCAGCAGUUUAUGUUCCUUUAUUAAAGCAACUAUUUGAAGACUUGACUAAUCCAUCAAAUGUUGAUCUUUCUGAUGUAGAAUUUCAUUCUUCUGGUUUCACAGAUUCUUUAAAAUCUAGAUUCAGUAUGUUUAUGAAUAUUGCAAAACCUAAACCUACAGAUAAUCCAUGCAUCAUAGUAUUUGUUUUGGGUGGAAUCACAGCAACAGAAGUUCAUCAAAUUAGAGAGAUUUCAGCAAAUUCUUCUUAUGAGGUAAUUAUUGGUAGCACAAGACUUGUUACUCCAAAUGAUAUAAUAGAAAAAAUUUUUAAAAAUCCUGUUUAUGAGAAAAAUUGAAAUUAAAAAAAAAUUAUUUUUUAUAA